GGGGAUCCCCGGGGACCUCUCAGGGGUGGUAUUCUGUGGACUCAUCGAGCCUCAGCGGGCGAGGUUGUGUCUGCGCGGGGGUUAACUCGAGCCAGGCCCGAGAAGCCAGCCGGCGUCACGGUCAUUUGCAUAGGCCUUUCCGGGUUAGGCAGCAGAGUGCUUUAAGGACCAAUCGCGUGUGUCUGUACAAAAUGAGCGGGGCUGUGGAACGCGCCGUGACUGCAGGCUCGAACCUGUUACCAGGUUCGCCACUCCGCGCGUCCACCCGCGGUGCCCUCCUUCAGCAUCUGGUGCCUCGAGGCCUUGAAACCAGCGGCCCCAGCUCCGUGUGCCAACCGCAGCCAGGAGCUCACAGGGCAAGGCCCAAGAAGAUUGUAUUUGAAGAUGAACUGCCCUCCCAGGCCCUCCUGGGCACCAAGAAGCCUUUUGGAUCCAUCCCUGAGGGGCAUAUGUCUAGGCCCUACCCAGUGCCUGACUAUGUGCUUAAGUACCCAGCAGUGACCAGUGAGAGGGAGCGGAGCUGCUACGCUGCUGUGUUUCAGGACCAGUAUGCAGAGUUCUUGGAACUCCGGGAGCAGCUGGGCUCUGCACAGAAAAAGCUCCAGCAGCUGAAGGCCCUGCUGACCUCACUGCCCCCUCCCCGAAGCCAGAAGGAGGCUCAAGUAGCUGCCAAUGUCUGGAGGGAAUUUGAGAAGAAGCGGACGGACCCCAUCUUUCUGGACAAACAGGCUCGCUGCCUCUACCUGAAGGACAAACUAAGGCACCUCAAGGCGCAGAUCCAGAAAUUCGACAACCGAGGAGACAGUGAGGGCUCUGUGUACUUCUGAGCUACCUGGCAGACAGGCGGAGGGACACCCUGGGGUGGGGGGUCCCACUUCACCCUCGCUUCUCUUUCUACCUCCUAGCCUUAGCUCUUGCUCUUUCGCCCACAUAGGGUAGCUUUCCCUGAUUGCAAAUGCCUCAGCCUUUGAGGCUUAGCUCUGACGACCCCUACUCAAGAAAUUCUUCCCAGGACCUUCUCCCAGACUCCCAACCCUGACCCCUGGAAGCAGGUGCUGCUUUCCAAUCCCAGUGGAAUAAACAUUUCUUAAAUAUAUUCUAU